UAUCAUUCGGUUCGACCCGAUAGCCAAUGUCGAUGGUUUAAUCGUCACAAAACAAAAUUCUUCUUCUCUUCGCGUACGCCAUCUCUGCAAACCCUAAUCGCAGAUCCCAGCAAAAGGGACUCCCUCUACCUUAGCGAUUUUUCAUGGAUAACGUAUAUAGAAGACGAGGUCAAGGAGGCCUUUUUGAAGGUCUCUACAGAGUCAUAAUGCGACGUAACUCCGUCUACGUUACCUUCGUCAUCGCCGGCGCUUUCCUCGGUGAACGGGCUGUGGAUUAUGGAGUUCAUAGGCUCUGGGAAUACAACAAUGCUGGGAAAAGGUACGAAGAUAUUCCGGUGCUAGGACAGAGGCAAUCAGAGGAAUGAAACCAUCCUGCUGUGUUUUUAAGUCGUUUUGAGAUUUGGGUUUGAGCAUGUGUUAAAUAGCAAUGCUCAUUGCUAAAAUAAAGUGUUACUAUAAUAUUUGUUUGUUCUAAAUCAUGGGUUGGUCAAAUAGUCUUUGGAAAAUUUUGGGUGGCUACAAUAUACGUCUACUGAUCAAUUUCAUGCUGCAUCCUGCAAUUUGUGAUUGUUGCAACUUUAUUAAUUUCA